AGAGGGAGGCGGGACCUUGGAGCCGGGAAGGGCGUUCUCUCUGCGGUCGGACCGGGCCGAGUCAUCCCGAGGGGUGGGUCCUCCGGCAGCAGAGAAAAGGAAAACCCACCUUCUUCCUUUCUCAUUGUUAAGGACGCGGAGGAAUGUGAUGGUUUGAUCUCGCACGGGCCACGGGAGGGGAAUAUCCGCGAGGAGAGGACCGACGAGAGCGCUUCUUCUCUUCUUUUCUUUUAGGGCUCCAACCGCUGGAAGUUGUGGAUUUAACCGUCGCGUGUGUUUCUCCCCCGGACUCGUUGCUGGAGCCGCUGAAGGAUGGCGACUUCGCAGAGUGGAGCUUAAUGUGCCACAGACUUGAGGCUACAUCUAAAAUAUGACAGAUUCACCAGCUAAACGCCACCCUGAGGGAUCUUCAGAGUUUUAAAGCAACAGGCACAAAAAGAAGAGAAAAGAGUAUUUCUUCAGGAGCCUAAAGGACUUGCUAUCACUAGCACACAAAUGUGGACCAUUUUCUGAGUAACAACAUAAACACAACCAAUAAAACAUAAAAAUUUGUUGCCAUGUCGGAUCAUAAAGACAUGACACAUCGCCACUUGCGGCACAAACUACAGAGUCUUGGCCGGCGACUCGAUGAACUUGAAGAAGCCACCAACAAGCUGCAGAAGUCUGAGGAUGAGCUGAUUGACCUGCAGGACAAGAUCAUCCAGGCAGAGGGCAGCAACUCGUCCCUGCUUAGCGACAUUGAGGCCCUAAGGAAACGUCUCCUGAAGAUCCAGGGCAAAGAUGAGGAGGUUCGCAAAGCUGAGGACCUAUGCCGCACAGUCCGAGAGAAACUGGAAGAAGAGGAAAAUCUUACAAUUGAGCUUAAGGCCGAGAUUGAACGUCUACAGCGGAGAAUGGCCGAACUCGAGAAACUGGAAGAAGCUUUUGGGAAAAGCAAGUCUGACUGCAGCCAGCUCUGCCUCAGCCUUAAUGAGGAGAAGAACUUGACUAAGAAGCUCUCCACUGAGUUGGAGAGUCUCAAAGUCCGUUUGAAAGAGAUGGAGGGGUCUGAGACAAAACUGGACAGAGCAGAGAAGGCUUUGGCUACGGAGCUUGAGAAACUCAAGGGAUUCACCCAGACCUUUGUGAGUGAACGUAAGAGGCUACUCGACAAACAGAGAGAGGACGAGAAGAUCAUUCUAAAGCUGACAGAAAAACUGGAGCACCAGAAAAAUCGCCUUGGCAUCUCAGCGGAUCCUGGCCGGGGAGAUUACAUGCGGUCACAAAUUGAAGAUGAGCUGUCAUCCACAGGUCUACUUACAAGUAAACUGGCUGGACACAAGAAGAACCAUGACUACUUCAAGUUGCCUGAUGACAAUAUCAGUCUUGUGAACAAAUCUGAAAAUGAGAAGAACAGUGGUCUUGAAGGCUCACAGGAGGAGGACAAUAAAGUAAAGGAGUUGACACAGGAAGUGGAGAGGCUGAAGAAUCGCCUCAAACAGCUGGAGAUAGUGGAGGAGGAUUUGAAGAACUCUGAGUCCAAAAAUGGACAGCUUCAUGAGAAGUUCCAGAUGGAACGGAACCGGGCUCGCCAAUUAAGUGAGCAGGUGGAACAGUUCAGGACACAGCUGUGUGGAAAAGGUGGGAUUGGAGGAUAUGGAACCAGUAAUGUGGAUAAACAUGGCAAUGGAAGCAUGCCUGCUAACGUCCUGGAGAAUGGCAAAGCUGAUAAUGAAGAGAUUAUUUUAAAGGGUGGUUUCAGACAAGAGAAGCCCAAACAUAGGAGUCCUGCAACUGUCUCCGAACCAAGCUCUCCUAAACACAGAAUCAGGGAGCUCUCUCCUCAGCAUAAAAGAGAGGCUAAACUGAAGAGCCACUCUGAGGACUCUCCUAAGGCUGCGAGGAGACCGCUUAGUCCUGCUCCCAAGAGCAGGAGACCACCCAAAACCUUAACUACUGCAAUUCCAUCCGAUAACGGAAUAAGAGACACAGUACGAGGAACUGAGGACAAGAUGAGAGGAGCUGCUUUCAGCUCUGUAAAUACACCUUCUAGUGAUAUUAAAAAGGCGUCAGUUCUCAGUCGCUACCCUCCAGCUGCUAAUGACAAGAAGCCCCUGAGGACAACUCACAAACAGACAGAUGAGACAAAAAAGGGAAGAGCAGAAAAAAUGUCAAAAUUGUACGUUGGUAGUGAUAGCGAAUCAAACAACUCUGAUGUAGUUCCUGAAAGCACCAGUAACAUCAACAGUAUCUCUGAACUAGAGAAGGAAACAGCGUCUGCCUCGGAUCAGGAAUCAAUAGACCAGGUUCAGGAAUCUGUCUCCAUGGCAUCCACCCUGUCCAAAGCCAAUGGAUCAUUCACAGCAUACAGAUCACAAGUCACUCCUCUGCAGCCCAGCGAGCCGGGGUCGGAGGGUCAUUCCUCUGCCUCAGAAACCGAAUCUACUGGUUCAAGGCCCUCUGAACCCGAGCCUGUGACUGAGACAGUUACUGCAACCGCAAGCAGUAGGACUACAACAUCCAGACAUCCUAGAUACUCCCAUGUCCAUGACUCGCAUUCGGAGGGCUCUUCUUCCAGGAGUUCAUUUGAUGAGGAGCUCCACAGCAGGAUACAGUUAUCCGAGGGAGGCCAGCCCACGCAUACUCCGUCAGGGAUUGAGAUCCAGCGAGUGUGCAGCCCUCGCGAGGCGCUGAGGUCAAGAGCUGUCAUCAAGCCUGCCAUUGUUGAGAUCGAUAGGAAGGAAGUGAUGAUUUCAGAUCCUUUGUCCACCAAUGGCAAACCCAAAAUCUCCACCAAACCAGUUGUGACCACGACUAGUAAAAUGACCAGCAGUAUAACCAUCUACCCCAAUGACCCAAGCUCUUCCAGAACCAGCAGCCGCAGCAGCAGUGUGUGCAGUGAACCCAUGGCUGUCAAAGAGCGCCACACGUCCACCAGUAACAUCCUGAUAGGCCCCAGCAAUGAGCACCAUGGCAGCAUAUCCAUCCCAUAUGAAAUCUCUAUCCCCAAGAGCGAGAUCACUUUGCGAUCGUGCCAGGAUCAGGACUGUGGGCCAGACAACCACAGUGACUCCUCAUCAAGAUCCAAACUGCACAGCAGCUCCAGAGUGGAGACCACCACCAACAGUCAACUGUGCUGCCAACGCAGCAACUUCAGCCUCCAGUCCGCGGACGCCACAUCUGCAGACUUCAACGACACAGAGUCGGGCUUCGAGAGCAGCAGCAGUACCACCACGGUCACCAGCUGGAGAAGCCAAAGACAAAGCCAGAACCCCCAAGAAGACAGUUUACCAGACACGAAGAAUGUAACUGUGAGAAGCACCUGGCGGAACAGAGGCACUCCAUCAGUGGAUGAGAUGGGCCGGGGAAGAGGGCCUAUGACCGAUGGUGGGUCUGAAGACGAGGCUGAGGCGACAUGGAGGGCUUACCGGGCAACUACUUUUGACACAGAAGAAGCUAUGAACAGUGCUGGUUCGAAUGCUGCAGCACAGAAGGGAGCCAAGCCAUCCCCUGCAGAGGUGUACAUGCGUAGGAUCAACAGUGUAGUUGCUAACACUAGAGAAGCGGAGGAGGCAGCGCUGCGCCGAGCCAAGCGCUCUCAGUCUCCCACCGUGGAAACAGGAGGCCCAGCAAGGACUACGCCCCACGCACCCGUGACCUCACAGUCCUGGGGACGAUCAUACACUCAACAACCACCGGCUGCUGAUGGUGUCGAUCCCAGUACGAACUCGAGCCACAGCCCGGCCUCCUGGAGACGGCAGCUACCCAGCAGCGACUCGCACCACCUGGGCAGCUCCUAUGACCGGGCAUCCAAGACGGCAGGAACCUCCUCCAGAGGAGGGGAGCUGUGGUCCAGUCGGGGUCAAGGGUCAGGGGCUAGAGGGGACGGGAGGAGCGGGCCGGGGAGUCGACCGUGGAGCCAUCGCCCGUCGGAUUAUCAUUAGACCGCCUGGGUCUGAACAGGACUUGAGCAGCAACGAGGACAGCACUCCAUCAAUCUCUCACUGGCAAAAGCAGAGCCAAACACCAGUCUCCCAUCAACUAACGGCUACACCUAUUGCCAUCGUGUCCUUCAGACGACAUCUGCAGCUUUUAUAACGAGCAGAGAAAAGAUUUUAAAAAAUCCAUAUAGAACAACAAACCACAGAUCUGACCCUGAGCACGGAGCACGGAGAUGUGCUCUACCAAUCCUGGAAUUUUUUCUCUGUCCGCAAAAGAGGCAUAAAUGGAAAGACAGUGCCUGUGCAGCAUUGUGGAGGUCGCCUCACCAGCCCACGUAUCCUCUUCUGCUCCUUGUGUUGGAUGUAUUAUAGUGUAAUCCCAAAAUUUGACAAGGGAGAGGCUGGCACGCUGGGGAUGGCUGGAGAUUUUUUUUUUUCUUCCUUUCUUUCUGCAUGCCACAGAGAGAGCUAGAAGAAGAGGGACUCAAAAACAAUGAGCACGCCUUUUUCCGGAGGACCAUUACAGCUGGAUGUCGCUUUUGAAUCACAAUUUCAACCUUUGUUGAUCACUGAAGAAAACAACCCAACCAACAGUAACGUCUUCAUCUCAUGGGGCUGGAACUUCACGCAGAACACUUCACAAACUAAAAGAUCUUUGCCUUAACUGUGACCAAAAACGGAAAGCGAAUUACCCUCUUUGCAGACCCAUAACACAUAUUUACUUUUUCUCCAUGAGCUCACUUUUGCUUCAAUUCAGUCAGACCAUCAUCUUUCCUUUAUAUAUAUAUAUAUAUAUAUAUUUCUAUAUAUAUAUAUAUAUAUACACACACACACACACACACACACACACCAUACACACACAUCGGUGUCACCACUUUCUGGCAUGCAUUCUGGAUUCAAUUUGUUUUUUUAGGUGCUGGGUGAACAAUUGCAUGUUUCUAGUAAUGAAUGAAAGAAGAGCACGUGGAAGAUUGUGACUUCGACAUAUACUCAGCUUAACAGAUUGUUGGUGGCGGCAUUGUAGCAGUGAGCACACACACACACACACACACACACUUUCUGACAGGCUGGGAUCGUAUUUUUGCUUUUUUUUUUCAUUCUUUGUAAUUCGCUUCCUGUUCUGCAUCAUCCACUCCUCUGUUGUCUGCUCAACCAUAUCAAGAUAAAAAGCUCCUAAGUUUGAACAUGAUUAAAUGCAAUGCACAUGUAUAUAAAAAAAACAACAACAAGGAUUUGGGGUGGUAAGGGGGGAGGGUUGUACUGUUAAUAUGUUUAUAACCUCAUUCCGUGGUGCUUUUGAUUCUCAGCUCUUGCAACUGUCCUCCUCCGUGCGUUUUGAGAAAGCUGAACAUUGGACUGUGGAUUAACCAGCAAACCUGGCCUGGCAGGGCGGACCGUUUCAUUUAGUGCUGCUGUAAAUACCGUGUACACGCCCGCCAGUCGUUGGAAAAUCACAAGGGGGCUGGACUUUAAACAUCAAGGAACCGACCGUCCCGCUCGUGUGCGUGUGUGUGUGUGCGUAUGCGUGCGUGCGUGUGUGUGUGUGUGAGUGUGAGAGAGAGAGAAAGACUGGGUUCGCCGUGCGAAUCGUCCCGAGCUUCUUACAUCUAUGGGGGUGUAUUAUUUUGUUACAUCAUAGAAGUAUCAACUUGUGGUUGGUAUGUAUGAGCAAUAUCUCAUUGGUGGGGGCCAUGGCAGCAACGGGGAGGGGGGGAGGGGGGCAUAGAAACUGAUUUAGUAGUGGCCAGUAAUUAAAUAAGUUUCAUUGAGGUAUGUGGUGCACGUCUGUGACAGAAACCUCAUUGAAGAUUAUUUGAAAUCAAUCUGUUCAAUCAUGCAUCAGGCGCCAUGCGGAUCACGGGUCCAAACUGAAAACUAACAUUUCAACAAAUGUUAAUUUGAAUCACUUUGACCUUUUUGCUAGAAAUAUCAACAGUGUGUCUACCUGUGCCUUCAAAUAUCAUAAGAAAGGUAGAUUGUACAGACAAUACAUACUCAUAUCAUAUCCCUCCACUUGCUGAGCAGAUAAACAACUGUAGUAUAAAUACAUAUAGAACACUAGGAUUGUUACAGGGAGCAUUGUAAAGACGUCCUCAGAGAGAACUCCUCCCCGAUGGAGGUCAAAACAACUUUCCCUGGAGGCUCUUUUUUUUUUUUUUCUUUCCUUAACCCAACUUUAAAGUACCAUUUGAAAGAAUACAGACCGCAACGCCCAAAGCGCUACGUCCUCUAGAUUUGUCUGUCGGGAGUCGGCUUCAGAAAAGGAUUUGCCAUGUGGCCACUCCAUGGCCACUGCUGGCUUUAUGAUGGAGCAGAAAACAGACCGGACACACUGCUCCGAGCUCUCAUUGCUCGUGCCAAGACCUGAUGAUCAUAUGGUCCUUCUGUGCUUUCCUCUGUUAUUGUUUCAACUACCACUCUUCUCAUGUACCAAGAGGAAUUGCCAACUCUUCCCCAAUCUCCCAUCUUUAUAGCCAGUUCCAAUUUUCCUUUUAGCAUUUUCGGAGAAGCCAAAUGUCCCCGUCCCCCUCCACCUCCCUUCGUCUCCCUCUUCUUCUUCUUCUUCUUCUUCUUCUUCUUCUCCGCAUCUUCCUUGGAUUCUCAUUUCCUAAAAAGGGGAGAGUCCCGGACAGCGGUGAUAUGUGUUGUUGGUCCCGGCGAGUCGUUUCAUUGAGGGCCAGCAGCCUGUCACCAGACAGUGAUGGGCAGCUCCCCGGGUAGCUGAAAGGUCAGGGGGUCAGGGCUGCUGUCUAAUCCCGUCUCCACGUCUUGGCUCGGGGCUUCUAAAUACAGGGGAGAGGAAAGACGCAACGGCCUGGCAGCGAUGUGCACUGUAGGGAUGAUUAAAACACGGUAUCGCAUGUCCAGAGACACACGUGGUCGCCCGUGGGUGGGUGGGUGGGUGUGUUGUUAUUAAUAUGACAUGCUCGACAUGUGAACCGGUGUGUCGUAAGCAGACUCUCCAUGCAUGUGUGUCUGUCAGAGCUGGCGAGUUUUUGAUUUACCUUUGAGGCUGACAUCACCGCGGGGUUAGCGUUACUGUACGUGGCAACUCGGUGAUGCGAGUUCUAACUCCAAUGCCCUCGUCGACCCUCACCACAAUCAAUCACCUCAGCUUCUGCUAGAGCUGAAUGUUUUUUGACGUGGACGGUGGAUGUUAUGAUUUCAAAAUUCCCCGGGAGGAGAAGAGGUUGUUUUAGCAGUGGAGAGAAAAGGGUUUCCUGCUCGAAGACUUAAGAGAAAGAGGGUUAGGGGGUUGGGUUAGGGUCCGCAUCCGUUAUUUACAAGUCUUUUUAUUUUUUUCUUCCCCGUUUAAUAAAGUAGACUAGAAUGUACUUAGUGGAGAUUGGAGUUGCUCCGCAGUAAUGGCUCCCGGGCAGCGAGCGGGACCUGUUCCCCCUCAGAGGCCUCCGUUGUGAAGCCAGGGUCAUGGUGUCGUUGGGUGGCGAAGGCCGUAAUCUGCACUUAACUAGCACUUAACUUUAAGACCUCAAACGACUAAUGCCCCCUUCGGCCCCCUUUGUCAAAAAGUUUCCUCUUCUGAGUGUCCCAGAUAUGAACUUUAACGACAGUUUUUUUUUUUUCCGUACCUGAAUGUACCAGUCAGAUAUUUGCUUUUGAACCGGCUAAAUUAGAGUAUUUAAGAAUGAUCUCACCAGUGGGAAAAAAAGAAAGGAAAUUAAUGAAUCACGUUUGACCAUAUUUGUCCAGGUAUGGCUCCCAGUUAUGCCUGUGUCUCCGCCUUCUUACAUAGUGCCAAAAUCAUUCCACAGUAUUUGCGGUUUACAGUGAGAGACGGGCGACCUGUCUCUGAAAUACUGAAAUCAAGGGGAAAUGUACAAUUCGAGGGUUUUUGUUGUUGUUGAUGAUGAUGUUGUUUUCUGGUUAUGUAUGUUUUAAUUUCUUUGUUAAACAAAAGAUGUCUUAUUUUGGAAGCUAUAUCGGAUAGAUUUUAUUUAAGGAAAAAUCUUGUACCUUUUUGUAAAGUGGGCCUUAUUAUUGAAAUAUAUUAAGUAUUUGUCCAUCUUGAUUUUUAAGAAUGAUAUUUUUUUGUCUUUGCAAGAUAAUGUCUUUCUCGUGGUUAUUACACUCCUGGAGAGUACUUUCUUCCUGCAUUUUGUGUUUAUGUUAUUUCAAUGCGAGACAUUUCUCACGAUGACACGUCAUGGAUGAGCGAGAGAGACCAUUUAAAAAAGAGAGAGAGAGAGAGAGAGCGAGAGAGGGGCGGGGGUUGUGUCGUAGUCGUUGAAGAGAGAAGCGAUGUGCGUUGUAUCCGAGCUGAACAGGUCUGCAGCGCUGAGCGGUUCACCAUGUGUUGUCCUGUUUGUCUUUUUCUUUUCUAUCAGGCCUAUUCAAUGGUCCGACCUCUUAGCUGCUCUGUUCUCCCUCGCUCAUAAAUUCAGGGUUUGUACAUCUGUGCUGUAUGUUUGUAUGUGCUGCCAAAGAAAGAAGCAUUGCAGGCCCCAGACACACGUGUAUAUGUAUAUGUAUAUAUAUAUAUAUAUAUAUAUAUACAUAUACAUAUAACACAAAUAAUCUAAUAGGAGUAUUCUUUAAGGAAUUAAAAAAGACGAUGUGUAUAACUGGAUCCCACCUCUCUUACACACACACACGCUCGCACACAGACGAGAAUUUGAACAAUCAACAAGUGUUUAACGCCCCAUGUUUAUACAUUCAUGUGCAGAAGAAGGAGACCGACCGACAGAGGUGUCCAACACAGAAAUGUAAGUAGUGAAAUCAGAUAUGAUUUGUUGUUGUGUGUCAGUAACGCCAGAUGGACUGUGUCAGGAGGCUGGUCUCUUUUUUUGUCUUUUUCUUUUCCGCUUUUAGAACUUUACAGUACAUUGUGCAUGUUUUAACCUUUACUGUGGCUGGCGCACUCUGCAUGUAGGUCUCUUGAAGCUGCCAACUGUACAGCAGACCAUAUGUAUUCCAAUAAAAAUAAAAAACCAACCUGUUUGUAA